UUUGAGAGUGUGUGUGCAUAUGUGUGUGCGUGUGUGAGGGCGAGCGUGAAAGUGUGUGUGUUAGCACUUCCACAUGGCCUCCAUGCAGGACGGGGUGAACUUCUCUGCUCAUCCCUACGGCAAAGUACUGCUGCUGGGGGCCAUCGCCGCUGCCUCAGCCUUCGUUGUCACCAUCCUUAUCGUCGUGCUAUGUGUGGGCUGCCAGAGGAAGGGAAAGACACACAAUGGCCCUGGAGUGGAGAGGAAGCACAGGCUCAUGGACAUGAGUAUACUGCGACAGUCCAAGCUGACCUCGAUCAGUAAGUCAGACACCAAGCUUCAUGAGAUGAACAGACUCAACUGCAAUGGCAAGAAAUCUUCUAAGAAGAACCGUCCUGCCAGCAUGGAUCUGCUCCUACUUCCUAGCCGUCGCUCAAACUCCGACCUGCAUUCUCAGGGCCGCCAGCUGCCUCAGAUCCCCUCUGGUGAGGACGGGGAACACACGUAUGCUGAGGUGGGCCGCCGCUCUUCUCCCACCCGCGGUUCUGAGGAUGCCCGCUACAGUGUCGGAGGUCGAGCCGGAGAGACGGACACACCCGCCCCACCGGCGGUCCCUGCUAAUACCCCUGCUCCACCUGAUCCUGACGGGGACUGCUUGGAAGGUGGGAUUCCGGAGCCAGAGGCCCUCCCCCAAGUGGUAAAUACGCCCCCUCAACCGCAGGAAACAGUGGAGUACGCCUGCAUCAGAAAGGUCCGUAGAGUGGACAAAGCAGCACAGAAGAGGGACAAUGGGACGGAGACCGAGGAGGGGCUUGGGCAACAACAACGACACAGCAGUGGGGACAUUCGGCAUGCUCCGCCCACUCACCCAGCCCCACCUCCAACGCUCCCACACAGUCAGAAGAUUCCUCGGAAAAACAUGGAGGCCUUCAAUCUUCCGUCUUUCCCCAAGGAGGCAGUGUUUAUGGGAAAUGGAGAACAGUACAUAUGGAAACCUCCGGAGGACGAUGACAUCAUCUUCCAGCACAAGCAGAUGGGUAUUCUGAGCUCUCAUGCAGGAGAGAAUAUGGCAGCAUCUGCAGCAGGGAUCACAGAGAUGUAUUCGAAAGUUUGCAAACCAGGCAAAAAGAAGCGAGGCAUGCCUGGCUCGCCCACCGCCACGAGGGACAUCAGCGGCUAUAGGACCUUGGCUCGAGGUGACCGUGGUGAGCGUGACGGGGGUUUCAGCGUGGUAGUCAAACCCCAAACGUGGGCCCCGCAGGAGGGCAAAGGCACAAGAGCUCCACCCGGCUGCAUGGAGGACCACUGCUACGAAGCCAUCAGCACUGAGGAAACAGAACUGGCUUACGAGACCAUGGAGGGUGGGGGAGGCUGGAGGCGCGACAGGCCUCCACCCAAUGCCAGUGCCACCUUGCGGCCCAAGCGGAAGCGGCCCCAGCAACCUUUGCAACAACCACCGCCACCCCCUCCACCCCCCCAGCAGACCCCAAAACUGCUGCAUCUACCAUCCAAAACAAUGCUGAUUCCCGGGGAGAGCUUGUACGAGAGCAUCCCUGACCUGAAGCAGGGCUCGGCCACCUCCAGCACAACCACCAUCUUUACUUUUAAUGAUGGCAUGGAGAUGUAUGUCACUGGCCUGUAGGGUGUGCUCUGGGGAAGGGAACUUUCCUCUCUGGGGAUUGAAUCUUGAAUAGGGGACACGUAUGCGUGUUGUAACCCAAUGGGAUACACGCAUUGCACCACUGCUAUAUAUUUUACAUGGGUUCCAAGUAUUAGUUGAGCAUCAAUUGAGUUUUGUAAGUCUAGAUAAAGGUCAGUAUUCUCACAGCACAAAAACGACAGAAUGCUUUCGUGAAAAUCCAAAAAAAAUUAUUUUGAUUAGUUAUACGCCUCUAUCACGAAGAAAAAUAAUCACCAGCCACGACAUAUCACAACAGACUCAACAUAUCAUAACCGACAGUAGCAUUCCUGUAGAGGAAAUUCUUGUUUUUUUGUCAUUACAUGCUGUAGUUAAGGACAAAGUGACCAUCGGAAUUGCGGGUCAAACUUGUAUUUGAUACCUAGAAAAUCCCAAAGUAGAAAAAAAAUAGAGCACAAGUCUAUUACAAAAGUAACCUGAUAAGAAGCAUAGUUUAAUUGUGUUCCCGUGGCCCUCUGAGAAGAAGGGGAAAAAAAUAUUUGGUUAGAUGCCCUUAGCAAAGUACCAUUCCCUGUUUUAAAAAAAAAAUUAUAUGCAGAAAGUGAACAUUAUUAGAAAGCCAGUCAAAAGCUAUUGCCAAGCAAAAUAUCAUAUAUUGACAAAAAGCCUUUAUUUAAUCUGUUCACAGAAGAGCACUAUUUUAAAAUGGCUAAAUGCUAACUAUUACCUAAAAGCUUUAGGAAACACAUGGCCCUAUUUUUGUAAUGUCACAGCCUCUAUUUAUGUAAAAAAAUAAAUUUUAGAGCUAAAAUAAAGAUUCUAAUUCAAUUGGUCAAACAGAUCCUGUACGCCAAGAAAGUAUUUUCUAAAG